AUGGAAAGUGAAUAUAAGAUGAAGCAGGUGUUUCCUGUGAAAAUAUUGGCCCUGGAAGGAGAGGACUUGGAGGUCACCAUCACCAUCUUGUACGAUGGUGGGUGCCAUGACAUGAAAUUUCAGAUGAAGAAAACUGAUGAGCCUGGAAAAUACAUAGAUUUGAGUACCAAGAAUGUCAUGAAUGUAGAGCGUUUGCCUGUGAAGGACUACGCCAUCUUCCUCUGUGAAGGCCAGCAUGAAGGGAAGCUAUUCCGCAUUGCCAAGCUCAUGGGAAAGAACCCUGAGGAAAACCCAGAGGCUCUGGAGCAAUUUAAGAAAUUCACACAGCGCAAAGGAUUCCAGCAGGAGAGUAUCUACGUGCCCAAGCAGAAGGAUGCCUGCGUCUCUGAGAAUAACUAG